CACAGGCCGAUCGGUCUGCGCAGGCUUCACGUAAAGUUUCACAUUCGUGAACACGCAACGGACAGACAGACGGCGACAAGCCUCGUCUGAUCGCUCUUGUCGGUUAUAUGAUGGUUUUUUGAGUUUGAUGAGGACCAGGGAUGGACCGGACUGAUGCAGUGUUCUCCACAGACCACCCGGUCCCCAGCACUCAUCUCCUGCUGGAUCAGCUGCCCAGUUACCAGUCUCUGCUCUACCGGAGAAAAUCCAAUACCAGCGGCAGCGCUAGGAGGAGGGGCAGUGGGCGUGUCCGACAGCCGUCCAUCAUCAGUGGGAAAUGGCUGGAGCAGAAGACGGUUCACAGCGGAGAAGAGCUCAGACCUGUGAGGGAGCUUCCCAAGAGCAUGGAGGACAAACGGCAGCAGAAAGAGCAGCGUCUCCAGCAGGGCGGCGCUCCUAUUGGCUGGGGUUUGUGGAGACUGAACGUUCAUCGCUCUCUGAAGCAUCUGAAGGAGGACGGGAUGGAUCUUCUGUCCUCGCUGCAGCUCUGGAGAGCAGAUGUUCACCUCAUUGAGGGCAUGUUCGGCACUGGAAUUCUGUCCUAUUUUUCAUUCCUGAGGUUUCUGGUCCUGCUGAACUUCAUCAUGUUUCUCCUCAUGUUUGUGUUUGUGAUGCUGCCAGUCAUUAUCACAUCGCACACAUCACUGAACAUCACCUACAGCAGCACAGAUGUGAGAGACUGCAGUGUUUAUCCCAGCAGCUCUCGUCAGGGUCUGGUGGUUUUUCAUCAACACAUCACAGAUCUUCUGUCAGGAACUGGUUUUCUGGAGCAGACGUACCUCUUCUAUGGUUAUUAUAGACUGGAGUUCAUUCAUUCUGCUUUCAGUUAUAAUCUCCCGCUGGCGUAUCUGCUCACCACCGUCUCAUAUCUGCUGCUGAGUCUGGUGUGGAUCGUCAAGAGGUCUGCGUCAGGUUUUAAACGCAAACUCAUACAGGACGAGGACCGUUUCCAGAGUUUCUGCAAUAAGAUUUUUGCCGGCUGGGAUUUCUGCAUCACGGAUGAGAACGCAGCACGCCUUAAACGCAGCAGUUUACUUUACGAGCUGAAGAUGGAUCUGGAAGAAGAACGCAUUAAACAGAAGAUGGCGAAUCGCACACGCUGUGAAAGAUGUCGUAUCUACAUGUUAAGAGCUGCUGUGAAUCUGUUUGUGGUGGCCGUUCUGAUCUCCUGCUUCUACUGUAUCUACAUCGCCACUGUAUUCUCACAAGAAAAACAAGCCGAGGAACAGAGUAACUUUCUGUUGGAGCUGAUGGUGGAAUAUUUGCCCUCCAUUGUCAUCACGCUGGCUAACUUCAUCACACCGCUGAUCUUCAAUCUCAUCAUCAGUUUUGAGGAUUAUUCACCUGCCUUUGAGAUCCGCUUCACACUGAUGAGGUGUGUGUUCAUGCGGUUGGCCAGUAUCGGUGUGUUGCUGCUCUCACUGUGGUCUCAGAUCACAUGUGGAAGUUCACAUUGUUCCUGCGGAUACAACCAUCAUCGCUACCCUUGCUGGGAGACUCAUGUUGGACAGGAAAUGUAUAAGCUGGUGAUCUUUGACUUCCUGAUCAUCGCUGCUGUCACCAUAUUCAUUGAAUUUCCACGCAAGAUUAUUGUCAACCAUUGUGACUGUGCUUUGGCCAAGUGGUGGGGUCAGCAGGAAUUCGCCAUCCCUCAGAACGUUCUGGAGAUCGUUUAUGGUCAAACCAUCUGCUGGAUCGGAACAUUUUACUGUCCUUUACUGCCCGCCAUCAACACUGUCAAAUACUUUCUGGUCUUUUACCUGAAGAAGGUGUCUUUAAUGACCAACUGUCGUCCUGCCACGCGUCCGUUUCGAGCCUCCAGUUCUCACUUCUUCUUUCUGGUUGUUUUAUUAAUCGGUUUGGCUCUUGCAUCUGUUCCUGUAAUCGUUAGCAUCGCACAGAUCCCUCCGUCACGAGCAUGUGGUCCGUUCGUCAAUUACACCUCAUCGUGGAUGGUUGUUCCUCGUGUGAUCACUCAGCUACCUCACAGUCUGAGCUCCGUUCUGAUGGCGCUGGCGUCUGAGGCCUGCGCUGUUUCACUCUUCGUCAUCACCUGUCUGGGGAUGUUUUAUGUGAUAGCGUUGGCUGGAGCUCAUAAACGUGUCAUCGAGCAGCUCCGAGAUCAGCUGGCUAUGGAGGGCCGCGAUAAGCGUUUUCUCAUUCAGAAGUUGUGUCAGGCCCAGCAGGAAGUCUUCGCUCGAUCGCCGGAUCGGGUUUGCUAUGGAAACCGGCAGGAUGCUGGGCUGUAUUUCGUUCUGGAGACGCAGGCGUGAGUGUCUUGAAUGGAGUCUCGAGUGAUACGGAUGUCGAUGACAUCAUCGCAGGGACACUUCACUUGUUGACGUGUAACUUUUUGUUUGUGUUUUUAUUCUUUUCCUUUGUUUUGCCUAAUUUUUGCCUAAAAUAUAUAUUUGUUGUGAGUGGGAUCAGAACAUGAACUGUGAUUGAAACUGCUCUUGAACUUCUAACACUAUUUUGAGUUUGAUCUCUAAGGCUCUGGCGAUGAAAGUUAUUAUACGAGCGCUUCUGGCUGUAAUCUUUCUUACAUAUUCACAUAAGCAUCUAAAGACUCGCAUUCCUUUUCAUUUCAACAAUUUUAUUGUUUGAUCUUUAUAUGACAGGCUGUUUUUAUUUUUUUAAAGGUCUGUAUCAGCCUCUCACUUGAAGUUAAAGCCUUUUCUUCUGGAUUGUUGUGGCAAAUAAAAUGUUUGCAUCAAA